AUGAAAGGUCACUUGACAUACUUUCAUAACAAGACUCCUGCCUUUCAAGGAGUCGAUAAACGGGAAAUCGUUGACGGGCAUUUGGAUCCGGAACAAGCUCUAAUUGCGGCUGUGGAUGGUGGUGACAGCGGCGGAAACACAUCACAUGAAGGGUUGUCCGACUGCGUGGACCGUAUAGGCACCAGGGUUUGGCAAGAAUGGCGAUCAAAAAGAUACCCUCCAACCAGGGACUACCCAACUGCUGGCUCUGGGAUUCCUGACAUGGUAUUGAGGACGGCUAGUACACAUCGUCAAGAUGUCAUUGUCAGGCUGAGGUUGCUGAGCGGUGCACAUGGUGGCGGCUUCAACAAAGGCGCCACGACGUCAUUGACGCCUGCCAUCAUCCACGCUAUGCGCUGA